GUAAUUCUCUGGACUCAAGGCAGCAACAUAACAUCCUAUCAAGCGCUGCGAUUGACCGCUGGCGCAGGCAACCAUAAUUGGACUGGCCUCAAGACCACGAGCCAUCAGGGAAGCAUCUCAUUCAUAUGCUCUAUGAGUUGCAACCUCUUUUUCUUCUUCUCUGCUCACGCUUUCCCACGUUUCAACGGCGAUUGAACUGCGACAGCGAGGAACUAUGGAGUCGCUAUUCAGCUUGCCGCUGCCGUUCCAGCGCAGACUGACGAAGAUGUACACCGACACCAAGAGCUCAUAUGAUUUCGUCAAGGAGCCUGUGCAGAGCGCGGAAGACCCGGAACUCAUCGCUCUGCACCGCAAGUUGAGGAUCCAGAAGGACAGGCUGGUGAGCUGGGGCUUGGAGUGGUCGGAUCCUUCGCAGUCACCUGAUAUCGACGAGUCCAUCAACAAGGCUGGCCUAAGUGAGCUUGUCGGAAGUGUCAUGUCGACGAUCAAAGAGAUCCUGGCUGAGGCCGAGCCGUUGUGGCAGUCGUCGAAGAGGGUGACGUUUGAUGAGAAGAGUCCUUCCGGGGAGAAAUCGAAGGCGGCGUUGAUUGUGUGGGACAAGACGAGGUUCCAGGACUUGGUGCGGGAUUUGACCAUGUCUAUCGAUACCUUGUACGAUCUUUCCAGGACUCGGCAGUCUGCACGGAAACCUCCACCGAUCAAGGACUCGGAAUCUUCUACCUCGACCCUGGCUAAGAAUCGACAAGAGGAGAGACAGUUCGAGUCUACUCGGAUGCAGGCCCCGCAACAAAUUGAUCCAAGCUCGCUUAUCUGGCCAAGGGACCUCAAAACAAUACAGCCCGGUACGUUACAACCUGCCAAAUCUCCUAGACAGAUCGUCUUUAUGCGUCGACCGGCCUUUCCUUCUGAUUCCCGGAAAUAUGGUGCCUCCGUUCCUGCUGUCCCCGUUCUUCUAGAGUACGCAAACUAUGAUCCCAUCUAUUCCGUUACUGGUAUUACGCCAUCCAUGACCCGGUUUGAGAAGCUCUUUGCUGCUCUCUCCCAGGCUUACAUCUCCACGGAAAGGGUCCUCUCUGGUCUGCUUCAUCUGAUUGGAUACUUCGAAGAGGCUGAGCACUCCAGGUUCUGUCUCUUGUACGCGCUACCUACACACUUCGGACCGGUUGAUAUCGAAAGCCCAAGGAUGCCUUCUAUUACCAUCUUGUCGGACCUGUUGUACAGUAACAUGUACGAGCCUAGUCUGGAAGUUAAAUACCGCUUAGCCUACAACGUGGCCAGUGCCGUCUUCGAUUUACACUCCAAGGGUGUAGUACACGGGAAUGUCAUCGCUUCCAAUGUCUUGUUCAUUGAACAUCAAUCUCAGAAUCGUCUGGACCUGAGCCAAGUUAACAUGCGCCAAUCUUUCCUGGCUUCCUGCGACCUCUUUUCUGAUAACGCCACAGAUAACUCUGCGCCGUUUCUAUCACCGGCUUCACUCUACAGACAUCCUUUGGAUCCUCGGACUACCCGGUAUACACGAUUCACUUCCGAGAGCAAGUCUUUGGAUCUUUACAGCUUGGCCAUGAUGCUUUUGGAAAUCGGACUUUGGACUUCGCUUCACGAUAUCUUCCCAUCUAUUCAAACUAUUCCAGACAACCCUGCUGCGGUUCUGAAACAUCUUGCUGCCAGGUGUGGAAGUCUUUAUGUGAAGGCAGUUCAAGCUUGUUGGCAUGCGCCUGAUGAGGAAUUAUCCUCGAAAACAAGACCGGAUGUCAUGCAUCAGAAGGUCUUUUGGAAAGUCUCCAAGGCGUUAGAUACUUGCUGUGCUAUUGAUGAGAGUUCAGAGGAGGACAGUGAGGAAAGUGAUGACUCGCCGCCAGUGCCUUCAACACCUCUGAAGGCCUCGAGGUCGUCGACUCCUCAAAGGAGGAUGAUCAGCGACCAGAAACCACCGGUUCCGAUAGAAGUAAGGUCAACCUGGAAGGAGAUGUCGGCAUAUGAAAAGGCCUCUGCUUCCUUCAACACAGAAAACACAUGGGUUGAGAAGCCCGCUGUCAAGCCAAUUGCACCUGUCAAAGUUGAAAAAUCAAAACCGAAGUUACGUACCUAUCCGUCGAUCAGGAUAGCCCCAGAGCAUCUAGACUUCUGGCACACCGGCUUGAUGCCCCAUAUCAACCAUGUUCUCCGCAACUUCUAUAAGAAGUACCCUGAAUCUGUUGAGAUCAGCCUUGAAAGUGUUGGCGAGACGCCAACCACUACCAAGCCUACCAUUCUCGUUAUCUGCACAAGCGUCACCAAAGUCCGAAGCAUUCUUAAGAAGUCCUUAGUCUAUGACAAGAAUGUAUUCGGGCUGAAAGUAUGUCGUGGCAAAGUCGUCCGAUCACGGAAACGGGGAGCUCGAAGAUCAAUGGCCAAUGGUGAGCUUAAGGCCGCAAAUCCAGAUCACCAGGACCGGCCAUCGAAUGGUGCAUCCAUUGGUGCUUAUAUUGGCGAGCGUCACCUCCCUCCCGUCUCUUUUGGCGGCUUGAUCAUGGUCGACAACAAGCCCUAUGGCAUGACAGUUCACCACAUGCUCGACGAUCCCAGCGAAGACUCAGAAGACGAAGAUGUCCAUAGCUCCCAACCAAUCCUCCGCUCCAGUGCCUACGCCGACAUGCCCGACCUCACGCGAUCCCAGUCCUCAAUCUAUAGCAGCGGCGACGAGGAGUACAUGUAUACCCUCUCCGACUACGAAUCCGAUUUCUCCACCACCUCCUCACCCGCCGCCUCAGAAUACGGCUCCGACGACGAGUGGGCCGCUGAAGAUGCGGUGGAGCACGAAAUCCUCGAGCCCGGAGAUAUAAGAGGAAUCCCCACCGGCUGCGGCGAAUCCUAUCUGAUAACUCAACCCGCCAUCGACGACGUAUCCCCGGACUUCUUCCCCAGUGAAGAAACAAGAGAUGAAGACCACCUCGACUCCUUCCAGCUUGGAGAGAUCUACGCCUCCUCAGGUAUUCGACGACGUACAGAGAAUGACAUCGUCCACGAGAUUGACUGGGCUUUGUUCGAGUUCUCCGAGGAUCGGUUACCGAUAACAAACCACAUCAAGAACGGUUCCCGCCAUUGCAGCCAGAAAGAAGGCCGAUACCCCCUCUCCGUUGCCUCUAGCACGGAUCUCGCAAAUCUCAACGUUCACUGCAUGGCGCGGACCUCUGGUCUACAAUCCGGGCGUAUUCUACCCGGGAUGGUAAUCGUCAAGAUCUACGGGCGUCAAACACCCUCUACCUCUUUCCAAGUAGCCGGAAAACUCGGUGUUCCAGGCGAUUCCGGCGCCUGGGUCGUAGACAACGAGCAAGGACGAGCAUGUGGCCACGUUCUAGCGUGGAGUUCCCGUAAACGGGUUGCAUAUAUCUGUCCCAUGGACGUCCUUGUCAAGGAUAUUGGGGAGACGGUUGGUGCUAGAUCUAUUUCCUUACCAGGUGGACAGGAAAUAUUCUCUUCCAUUUCGGAGGAAAAGAUCUCGGACGAGAGGAUCGCCGCAUCAGUACGGGAGGCGAUGUCUGCAAGUCACCUUGACAGGCUGGCGAGUAAAACAGAUCCUUCCGACGUCUCAGACGAACUUGCUUCUCUUCUGGCGGAACUCAAACUCCCUCCUACGCCUACACAAAUUGAUGGGCUCGAUCCUGCGAGCCUUGAGAGCACGAGUUCGGGAUCUCUUGUGCACCAGGGCAAGCAGAAGGAAGAGGUCAGGAUUCGUCUUGUUCCGAGGGAUGAAAAUCAGCUCGGAAGAAGACAAGAGUUCGAUGACUCGCGGUUUCUUAAAGCGGCAGGGAUGCAGGGGUGGAGAGCGAAGGACGCGAGUGCGUUUGCGAUGAGUGGGAAGGAGAAGGGUGGCGAGGAGGUUGUGGCUUCGUGACUCGCGGUUUGCCCUGUUGCUAAUUUGGUAAUGGGGUAUGGCUGAACAUGAAUAUGUGGAAUGAUGGGAUGAAUCUUUUAAGAUCGAAAAGUGAAGGAUGUUUCUUUUGUCAUGAUUUGAUUGCAUUUGGAUAGUUGGAGAGGCGUUAGGAUAUCAUACCCACCCAUGAAAUUGAUACCACUCACCGAUAAUCGUAACUGCUUUUUCC